AUCCCCUGCCCGCGAGCUGAGCAGCUCCCUCCCUCCCGUCCCUCCCGAGUCCCCUCGCCGGCCGCGAAGCACACCCGUUCUCUCCGGCGGCCACCCACGACGGCGGCGCUACAUACGCCGCCGCACCGAGCUUAGAUGUCCGCGGCCGCCGCGUCCCCAGCGCUGCGCCCGGCGCCGCGGUGGGGCGGCGCGCCGUCGCACCGCCGGCUCGUGGAGGAGCACCUGGCCUCGCUCCCGCACGGCCUCCCGCGCCUCCGCCACGUGCAGGAGCUCCACGCGCAGCUCCUCAAGCAGGGGCUCCACCGGGACCCGCGCGCCGCGUCCAGGCUCAUCGCCUCCUACGCGCUCCUCCGCCGGGUCCCCGCCUGCCGCCGCGUCUUCUCCGUCGCCGCCGCCGCGGCGCCCCCGUACGCCGCCAGCACCACCUUGCUCGCCAACACGCUCCUCCGCGCCUACGCGCUCAACGCCCUCCCGGGCGCCGCGCUCGCCGCGUUCGCGGCCGUGCCGUCGCGGCAGCGGGACACCUUCACCUACUCCUUCCUCAUCAAGGCGCUCGCCGCCGCGGGCGCCGCGCCCGUCCGCGCCGCGCACUCGCACAUCGUCAAGCUCGGGUCCGUCGAGGACACCUUCGUCGGGAACGCGCUGAUCGACGCCUACUCCAAGAACGGCGCGGCUGCAGACGCCCGGAAGGUGUUCGACGAGAUGCCGGCGCGGGACGUCGUGUCCUGGAACACGGUCAUGGCCGCGAUGGUGCGGCAAGGGGAGGUAGCUGGCGCGAGGAGGAUGUUUGACGAGAUGCCUGAGAAGGACACGGUGAGCUGGAACACCAUUCUGGACACGUACGCCAAGGCCGGGGAGGCGGAGGAGGCCUUCGAGCUGUUCCAGCACAUGCCAGAGAGGAAUGUGGUGUCGUGGUCCACGGUUGUGUCAGCCUAUUGCAAGAAGGGCGACAUGGAGAUGGCACGGGUGAUCUUCGAUAAGAUGCCGACCAAGAACUUGGUGACGUGGACUAUAAUGGUGUCAGCGUGUGCACAGAAGGGGCUCGUUGAGGAGGCGGGUAGGUUGUUUACUCAGAUGAAGGAGGCUGCUGUGGAGCUUGAUGUAGCUGCUGUUGUGAGUAUCCUGGCUGCAUGUGCGGAGUCUGGCUCCCUUGCCCUUGGGAAGAGGAUUCACCGGCACGUGCGGCAGAGGAAGCUGGGGAGAUCAACCCUUGUAUGCAAUGCCCUGAUGGACAUGUUCUGCAAGUGUGGAUGCGUCAACCGAGCUGACUACAUAUUUGACACUGAGAUAGUAGAAAAGGAUUCGGUGUCAUGGAACACUAUAAUUGGAGGGUUUGCAAUGCAUGGGGAUGGUGAGAAGGCACUGGACCUCUUUUCUCAAAUGAAGCAGCAAGGGUUUCGCCCUGAUGCUGUGACCCUGAUCAAUGUUCUCAGUGCUUGCACGCACAUGGGGCUUGUGGAAGAAGGGCGGCGGUACUUUACCAACAUGGAGACAGAUUAUGGCAUCAGGCCUCAGAUAGAACAUUAUGGUUGUAUGGUUGACCUUCUUGGACGUGGAGGGCUGAUUGAAGAGGCGGUUGACAUGAUCAAAAGCAUGCCAUGGGAGCCCAAUGAGGUCAUAUGGGGGUCCCUUCUCAGUGCGUGCAGACUACAUAAAAACGUGGAGUAUGCAGAACUGGCAGUGAACGAGCUGAGCAAGCUGCAACCAUCGAAUGCAGGGAACUACGCUGUCCUGUCGAACAUCUACGCAGAGGCUGGGCAGUGGAGCGACAUGGCAAAGGCGAGGGUGCAGAUGAAAGGAACAGGGUCUCAGAAAACAGCAGGCUCAAGCUGGAUAGAGCUCGAUGAGGCAUUCCACGAGUUCACAGUUGGGGACAGAAAGCACCCGGAGUCUGACCAGAUAUCCGAGAUGGUCGAUAGGCUGAGUUCACAUGUUAAGCAUGCUGGUUGCGUUCCAGCAGUCCAUGAACUGCUUGUGCAAUGAGUUUAUCUUCCAAGGGCAUGCCCGUGGUUAUACUACAAAUAUGGAAUGCUCCACACAUGGUUUGCACUGCAGGCUGCGUAAUCUGAAGAAAGGAAGGCAUCAGCUUCAGUGAAACUAUGGCACUGCCUGCAACCAAGAAAUGAAAUUAUGGCACUGCCUGCAGUAAAGAAGAUGCUGUGGCAUGGUACUGUAGUUUCCAUGAUGGACUAGAUGCCCAGAGAUGAUUCAACCAUUUCAUAGCGUCAGCACUUUUGCCAUCAGCUCUGUUAAUCACCGUGACAACUGACAAAAGUUGAUGUCAGUAAGGACUAUCAAAAUACCGACAAUAGAGUGAUUGGCUGGUUGGAUUCUUGGCAUUUCUCAGUAUCUGUACUUGUGCCAUCAUUUGAUCCAUAUAGAAGAUUUAGAAUUAGACUCUUCUCAAAAUGCAUAGAGUAAAGGUGAGAAGAUAGGAGGUUCAGGUUCGGCAAAGCAAUUUUGCCGUUCCAAUGUGACAGCGAAGUGCUUAUGUUGGAAGUUUGGUGUUUGCCUGUUGGUGGCUCCAAGCUUUUACAUGUAUCAUCUUUGUAACAUUGCAUGACUGAAAUGGUACAGAUUAUUUCAAAUGGAGUUUGAGUAGAGGCACCUGGAAAUGUGUUUUGAGUGAAAUCAAACACACUGUAUUUCACUGUUC